UACGUCAUCCAGACAUCCACUUCUCCCACUGGAAAUUAGCUGUCAAAAGUCCCAUUUCUUUUUUCCUCCAUGAAAUCAAUCAAAUUCAAACAGAACAAAAUACAAAUAGUCCCUACUGAAGAAAAGACAAAACAGCUUAUUCUUUCACCAUUUCUUUCACUUUCCCUUCUCCAUAAAUACACAAAAACCCACCGCUUCGCCUCGAAACCUUCCCUCUCCGUCUCUUUAUUUCGCGCGCGCGCGUUUUCUUCUGCUCUGUAAUUCAGUUCGGCGGACAUCACCGGAGAAAGCUUCGUGCUCUAGAAGAAGCAUUUAGCCGAAGCAGUAGUUGAGGAAGGAGGGAAGUAAAGUAGAGUCGGUCUGCUUCGCGUUUGGCCGCGGAGGCUAAAGUUGUGACUAUUCACUGGAGGCAGAAAUCGAGCGGCGGCCGAUCAUCUGAUACCUUCUUCAGUUCUUCCCCGGCGGGAUCUUUUGCGGUCAGUUUCCUCUCCCUUCGUUCGUUCCCGCUUAAUAAUUGUGGUAGUUAAUUAGUGUGAAAUCGGCUUAGCUUAAAUGCUUAAUUAGUACCGCUCGUUUCAUUAUUACCCUUCAGUUGCAUGGUUUCCCGCCGCAGGGCCCCAAACACGACCAAGGCCAAGAAAAGUCAUCGCUACUUUUUAAUUGUUAUGAUUAGCUUACUAUAAUUUAGUUUAACUGAUUAAUUAGUUUAUUAUUAUUGAAACGCUAGUGUUUGUUGAGUCACUGGCUCCAUUAUUUCCCCCCGUAUCCACUCCCGUGUGCUAGCAAAUCUUAUAUUAAUAUGGUCCAUGAAACCGUACCGGGUAUCGUACUUGAAAAGUCAGUGGUAUGAUAUUUUAUGAUAAAAUCGUGGUUUUAUCGUAGUUGAACCGUUAGACCGUUAAAUACCGCCUACCAAUUUAGCCUUCGAUACUGGUAUUUCGUGGUUGAACCGACGGUACGAUAUACUUUCAUGGACCAUGAUCCAUAUUACUGUCUUGAAAUCAAGAUUUUAGAUUUAAACUCCCAUACAACAACCACCUGAUUUAUGUGAAUGGUGGGGGCACGACCCAUCAAAUUGUCUGCGUUUUGAUUCUUUCACCAGAAAUUUCUGUCCCUUUGGCCUUGUUUUUCCUUCGCUACAGGGAAUUUAGACUGCAUUUCUCAUGAUGGGAUUUGCAUUAAAUUAUUAUUAAUAUCAAAGAACUACUCUUGUCUCCUAGUAUAGUAUUUUGGCCAUAUGUGUGUCAUCUUGUUCUUAAAUGUUGAAAGGGUAGUUAUAGCCAAACAAAUGUACAUGAGAAAACAUCGAUAUCCAUAGCUGGGACUCAGAAACCGGGAUCGAAAUGACCCGAAAGCCAGCUACUUUACUGUUCGACUUCGACCACGUUUUAUCGGUUUACAUCCCAUACGAUGAGAAGCAGUAGUGUAAUCUAUACCAUGAUAGAUGUGUUCAGAUAUGUGAACAUAGUUGUUUUGCCUAUUUCCAUCAUUUGAUUAGGCAGGUUUCAUGCACUUACAGCUGUAUAUGUAAAUGCUAUUGUCAAACAUUGAGCAGAAUAGGACGCCUUUAGUAAAAGCAUAUCUGUACUAUAGGAUUAUGACAUAUGGGUCUGACAAUUUGGCAAUUAGUAGGUCAUGGUGGUUGCUUGCUUGCUUUUCCUUUCUUGGCUGGUUUCUGGUGAGAUCAAAAUCGAUUCCCAAUAGGAUUGAUUGGUCAACAACCAAUUGUCUAUUUCCUUUUGAACGUCACCAUCAUUUUCCCACACGGCUACUGUGUACUAGUAGCAGUUUUCCUACCACCUGUUAUCCGCGUUGGAUGAUGCUUCAUUUCCUUGACUCCAAUGGAUUACCUAACUCGUACCACCCUGUUUGGAUGUUUGCAUGUAAUGGUAAUAAUGAAAAUAGAAAUGAAAGUGGUUUUCUUAUUAUUAUUGGGUAGUAACUAUACUAUAUUUUUCAUGAUGAAUCACGACUUAUUUUAUAUUUUGAAGAUGGUAUAAAGUACAUUUAUUGUCUAAGCUAGAAAGUAGUGAAGAAGAAUGUGGUGUAUAUUGGGUUUGGAAUCAACAUAUGCAAGUAAGCCAUUCUUUCCUCUGAAGACUGAAAGUGACCUUCAUGCUGUGAAGGGAAUGUCGUUCAUUCUCAUUCUUUGCAUCAAUAGAAGGGCUGUUUUCCUUUGAUAGUAAGAAGAAGAGUACAGCACGCUUGGCUUACAUUAAUGAUCUUACACUAAUAAGCUGAUAACUUGUUGAAACUAGUAGUUUUUGCUUGCACACUUUGCUCUCUGUAAAUGGCUUUAACCUGACAUGACCAUGACUAGUUAACUAGCUUACUGCAAUUUGUUUACUUUUGCAUCGACCCCGUGUUCCAUUGAUGAUCUCUUUCGUCGUAUUUAUGCAGGGUAAGGAAUAAGGCAUACAAGUAUACAGAAAGGAUGAUGGAAAAUAAACGAAGUCCUUGCUUUCUUGACCAAGGGAAUAUCACUUCUCUAUCAACCAAACGGCACAAGGCUGGCCCUCCAAUCAAGGACCAGAAAGAGAAGUUUGGUGAAAGGAUUGUAAUACUGCAGCAGCUUGUUUCGCCAUAUGGAAAGACGGACACUGCAUCAGUGCUUUUGGAGGCAAUGCAAUACAUCCAUUUCCUCCACGAACAAGUUAACGUGUUGAGUGCUCCAUAUCUCCAAGCUACACCGCCAACUUAUACCCAGGAUUUGGAUGAAUACAGCCUGAGAAGCAGAGGACUGUGCCUUGCUCCAGUGGCUUCCACAGCUGGAGUGGCUAGUAGCAAUGGAGCAGAUCUUUGGGCUCCAAUCAAGCCCAACCCACAACUGCACUGACUCAUUCUCGGCCCAUAAGCUCCAGUCCAAGUUUCAUCGCCCAUCCAAGUUCAUACAAACAGAGAAAGAGUGAGAUGCCCUUCCUUUUGUAAGAGAGUAAAUUUUGUACAAGGAAAGGUGCAAUUUUGAUGAGGGCAGAGCAGAAACAGUGUAGCUUUGAUAAAAAGGAAUAGGAAAGGGUGAUCUUUUAGUUCAUAUCUUGAGGGCAGUGGAGUAUAGUGCAUCAAUUAUAAUAGCUUUACGUGCAAGGUUUAUCUGAAUUGAGCGUGUACAGGUUGCUCUCUCCUAAAUCCUAAUCAAUGAGAUGUGAAGAUAUAUGGAAAUGAGUGGAAUUAUCAAGCAAUUCUAGAGAUAUUUAAACCACAAAUCAUAGAUUAUUUUUGUUUAAAUUUAUACGUCUUGUUAUUUAUUUCGAGACGAAUUGGAUAAUCAAAAUAAUGAUUAUGA